CAUCGGGCCGCGCCACAGGAAGGUCACACGGGUUCCACCAACAUGGCAGCGGCGGCUCUGCGGGGAGGCUGGUGCCGCUGCCCGCGGAGAUGCCUCGGGAAUGGGGUCCAGUUUCUCCCCAGCCACAGCCUACUGCCCCUGCCCCGUGGUUCCACCUAUCAGAUACGCCAGCCAGGUGGAGAGCUGCCUUUGUCCAAAUCCUAUUCUUCUGGCAACAGAAAAGGAUUCCUGUCCGGCUUGGUAGAUAAUAUUAAACAGGAGUUAGCCAAAAACAAAGAAAUGAAAGAAAGUAUUAAAAAAUUCCGAGACGAGGCCAAGAAGCUGGAAGAGUCUGACGCACUCCAGGAAGCCCGACGGAAAUACAAAACCAUCGAGUCCGAAACCGUGAGGACCAGUGAAGUGAUCCGUAAGAAGCUGGGGGAGUUGACAGGCUCUGUGAAGGAGAGUCUUGAUGAAGUCAGUAAAAGUGACUUUGGGAGGAAAUUCAAGGAGGGUGUAGAAGGAGCAGCCAAGACGGCCAAGCAGUCGGCCGAGUCCGUGUCCAAGGGCGGUGAGAAGCUGGGCAGGACCGCAGCCUUCCGAGCCCUCUCCCAGGGCGUGGAGUCUGUGCGGAAGGAGAUCGACGAGAGCGUCCUGGGGCAGACCGGGCCCUACCGGAGGCCCGAGCGGCUCCGGAAGAGGACAGAGUUUGCAGGAGAGAAAAUCAAGGAAGACAAAGUGUUUGAGCCCAAUGAGGAGGCCCUGGGAGUGGUGCUCCACAAGGACUCCAAGUGGUACCAGCAGUGGAAGGACUUCAGGGACAACAACGUCGUCUUCAAUCGCUUCUUCGAGAUGAAGAUGAAAUACGAUGAGAGCGACAACGCCUUCAUCCGCGCGUCCCGGGCUCUCACUGACAAGGUCACAGACGUGCUGGGUGGCCUGUUCUCCAAGACGGAGAUGUCAGAGGUGCUCACAGAGAUCCUGAGGGUGGACCCCACCUUCGACAAGGACCGCUUCCUGCGGCAGUGUGAGGACGACAUCAUCCCCAAUGUCCUGGAGGCCAUGAUUGCUGGAGAGCUGGACAUUCUCAAAGACUGGUGCUACGAAGCCACCUACAGCCAGCUGGCCUACCCGAUCCAGCAGGCCAAGGCGCUGGGCCUCCAGUUCCACUCCCGAAUCCUGGACAUUGACAAUAUCGACCUGGCCAUGGGCAAGAUGAUGGAGCAAGGACCGGUAUUGAUCAUCACCUUCCAGGCCCAGCUAGUAAUGGUGGUCAAGAACCCCAGAGGUGAAGUGGUCGAAGGUGACCCGGACAAGGUUCUGCGCAUGCUGUAUGUAUGGGCUCUCUGCCGAGACCAGGAUGAGCUCAACCCCUACGCUGCCUGGCGCCUCCUGGACAUCUCAGCCUCCAGCACAGAGCAGAUUCUCUGAGUGUGGCCCUGCCG